AUGGCUCCGAAAAAGAAAGCGACGGCGAAGCCUGAAGACCUACUCCAGCCAGAACAGCUACGACUAAUCGAAGAUCACAUGAACGAUGACCCAUGCAUCUUGUGUGGAGAGCGGCACUCCGAGAAGGAUGGCAAAGCGCACGCCUGGCUUUGCCCGAAAACAAACUCCCCAGUAUCGACUAUGGCCUGGAUCAACAAGAACAUCACGCCUCAGAAAUGUGUCGCUUACGCGAAAGGUUACAUCAAAUUACUACAACAGCGCGGUAGCAUUCCCUCACGUUCUUCCGAACAGCCCAUUGCUCCCCCAGAGCAGGAGGUACCUGCCGGCCAGGUUCCAGACUCAUCCGAGCCGGCAGAGGAGCAAAGCGGACAAACCCCAGCCCCGACACAAGGCACAAAAACCAAGCCCGACAUUACCGAGGAAGAGAAGAACGAGGCACUUCGGGCAGUUGAUCAGAAGGAGGAAGCUCUGAAAAGGGGCGAGUCAAGAAUACUGUCGCAAUAUCCCCCGCAGAAAGGCUCAUGCAGGACUAUCACUGAUGCUAUCAAGACUGAGGUCACGACGAACUUCUUCAAGAUUGGCAUCGAUGAGAAGAUGACCUUCUACGAAUACCAAAUUCUUGAUCUUCCUGUCGGACAGAACAAAAAGAAGCUGGAAAAGCUCGUCCGUACCAUGAUCGAUAGUGUGGACCUUUUGCGGAACAACAAAGAUUCUCUCGCUACGGACAACAUAUCCACUAUCAUCUCCUGGAAGAAACUGCAUGAUCAAGAAGACGACAAGAAGUUUACGGGCCCUCACAAGAUACCGGACGGACGUCGCGAUGACACCAGUGUAGACCGCGAGCUCAAGUUGAAGCUUCUUCGUGAACUCGACUUCAGCAACCUACGAGAGUAUGUUGGCGGUCACAUGGACAAGCCUCAUCUCUGGGACUCCAGCGUCGAGGUCAAGGCGCUGAACAUCCUGAUAUCCAAGAGCUUAAAUACUGACAAGGUCAUACGCAUUGGCGCGAACAAGUUUUUCGUCAUUGACAAUGAACACUAUCUCUCACCAUCUCUUACGACAAUGCAAGGGUACUUCUACACCAUCAAACCCCUCCAAGCUGGCAUCGUUCUCAACGUCAACUAUGGAACCAGUGCUUUCUAUAGCUCUCAGACUGUCGAAGAGUUCCUCAACGAUACCGAGACCUUUUAUAACGAGAGGACUAGGUGGGCGGCACUUAAUGCUCUACGAGUCGAGAUUCGAUACGGCCGCGGAAAGACCCUGGAAGAUCGUAAACGCGACUGGGACGAUGUUUCAGGACGAGAAAAGACCGUCGCGGGUACAAGCAGAGACACUCUUCUCAAAGAUAUCAAGUUCGAGAAGAAGAUGCCAGACGGAAGCAAGAAAAAAAAGGAAGUGCUGGAGUACUUGAAAGAGUCCUACCCCAAAGAAUUCGAGGAGGAAACAGGCGCCCUUCCCGGUAUCAAUCUUGGUACUCCAAGCGACAAAGAGUGGUUUGCUGCUGGUAAACUUCAGAUUCUUCGCCACCAGAUCUAUCGUCGCCCCGUCCCUGACCACCUCACCGACACUAUGCUCAAGCGAGCGGCCCUGACACCUAAAGAGGGCGUUCCACUGAUCGAUAACGUCUUCGACUUUCUCAAGAUCAAGCAAGCUCUUGGUUCAGACAGCGUGACAUUCGCUGAUUGUCAACCCCUUACCAUCGUUCCCAAACUUCUGAACAUCAACAGCACCACUAUGCGUUAUCCUUCCAUCAUAUACGGUGCUAAUAAGAAAAAAAAUCUCUACAACGAACACGUGGGUAAAAACAAAUUCGGCGAAACACCCCGCUGGACAUUGAAAGAUUGCGAAUUUCUCGAGUCCGGCCCUACGGUAAAUACUGGUGUUCAGGUAUAUCUGCUUACCACAUCAAAGACCGAUGCUCUUCAGGAGAAGUUGAAAGAGGUACUGCAACGGUACAACAUUGGCGGCAACAACAAGGACAGCAAGUUUUUGGUAACACGACGAGACUUGCUGAACUUCGAAUUUGACCAGCUACAUCAAGCUCUCCGGUACGUCAAGGAGACAUUCAACGAGGGACGCAAGAAGAUCGUUGUUCUCUUGCUCCCAAGGCCAGACAGACAGGCCUAUCAGUUCUUCAAAGAUCUAGCGGACCGCGAAUUUGGACUCCACGCGGUGUGCAUCACUGAACCCAAAGUCUUCGCAGAUGCUGCAAAGGUUGAACAAUACCUCGGCAACGUCAUGAUGAAGGUCAAUCUAAAAUGCGAAGGCAUCAACCACUCAGCUGGUGAUAGCGUGGCCAACUUCGAGCAGUCGCUUGAGCAUCGACUGAAGGAGACCAUGCUUCUUGGCGCCGACGUCACACAUCCAUCGCUAGUCUCCAUCGAUGGUUGCCCUUCCAUUGCCGCGCUUGUUGGGUCCGUGGACGAAUAUGGUGGCAAGUUUCUUGGAUCCAUGCGCCUCCAAAACCCGGAUAGAACAAACCGCGAGAUCAUCCAAGAGGUCGAAUCGAUGACAGCGGAGCGUCUACGAGCCUACUACGAUUACCCUAUCAAGCCCAAGAACGCCCCUACACCCAAACCACGACUGAAGCUACCUACAAAAACGAUUUACUACCGAGAUGGAGUGAGCGAAGGUCAAUUCGGCAAGGUCGUUGAGCAAGAAGUGCGCGCCAUCAGGAGCGCUUUCGAGAAAGUUAAGAAAGAGAAGAAAUGGAAAGGGGACUUGAAACUAACCUCUAUCAUCGUCACCAAACGUCACCACACACGCUUCUAUCCCACGAAAGAAGAAGACAAGGAAGGAAAAGGUGAAAACUGCAAGCCAGGCACCGUCGUCGAUACAUCAGUAACAUCUCCGUACUUCAAGGAGUUCUUCCUCCAGUCCCACAGCGGCCUGCAAGGUACCACGAAACCAGCACACUACUUCGUUAUCCAAGACGAUGCCGAUUGGGACGUGGCAGAACUAUCUACUUUCACCCACCAACUCUCAUACACCUACGUCCGAGCUAGCUGCGGCGUCUCCUACGCCCCGCCCGCCUACUACGCCGACCGCCUCUGCGAACGCGGCAGAAUCUACCUGCGAUCUUUCCUCAACGGCGACACCGACGUAGCUGAAGAGCUGAAGAAGAAGAAGACUGAUCUGGAGGACCGCAAACGCAAGUUCAGACAGUCGAUCUACAAGCCAAUCAAAGAACAGACCAAGACGGCCACUGGAGUCUGGCCAGCAAAGACAAGGGGAGAAGAGAUCAUGGAGCUGUUGCACAAGGAUGAUGUGGCGAAAAAGUGUAAGGAAUGGGCGUUGGAGGAGGCGGCGAAGGUUUGGGGGAAGUGGACUGGGAUGGAUUCGGCGCGGAAGAAUCCCUGGAAUAAGGCGCUGGAUAACACUAUGUUUUGGAUGUAG